GCUGACUGGUGCUGUCUUCUGACUCCGAAUGAUCCCGAACGUGAGCGGUGGACAACCGGCAGUCACGGACUAGUCUUCGAUCGAGUUCCCAACCCAUUUUAAGUUAUUUGAAGGAUUGCCUAGCAUAACCAGGUGGCAGGCAUAUCUAAAUUGGCUGUUUUCUCACUACUACGUAGUAUCCAAGCAAGAGCAGACCAACCAUUUCCCUAGUUCUAACUCUGCCUACAUAGCUACCGGCUUCAUCUACUGUCCUGUCAAAUCUCUGGAUAGGUUGCAGCAAACAUGGAUAGCAAAGAACCUCUGGAGGCACCUCCUCCUUAUACCGCCGUUCCAACUAAUCCUUACACCCUAGAUGAGUUGCAGUUAAACUCCCUAACUUCUCAUCUUCAGCAUCAUAUCGUGUCCCUUCCAGAUCGCAUCCGGGCAACGCAACAAGCGCGGAGGGUCGAACAGUCUUUUAGUGAUGCAUCUCUGCUAGACCAUAUUGUCCCCGUCCUCGAGGAGUUCUUGGUCGACUUAGGGGCUCGACAUACUCCCGUCCCGCUAGCGACCCUUACUUUAGUCCCGGGUGCCGCGGUUCCUAAGAAUGCCAUUCUUAGCGGUUUAGAAGACAUGAAGCGACGCGGGGAGAUUUGUCGCGUAUCCAGAAUUCCUAUAGAAAGCCGUGGUAAGGACUCUAAGUCUGGCUCUGGUACUCUUAGUUCCCGAGAGAUCAGCGAAAACCCGAGCUGGGCCUCCGGACAAGAAUUUAGUGACUGGGGACGGUUUGAUGAGCCUAGUUCUUCGUUAGAUGGUACUGCCGAAAAGGUUAAAUCACUCUGGUGGCGUGAUGAGGAGAUGGCACGCCGCCUCGCCAACUACCUGCAACCGAAAAGGGAGAAAAAGCCAGAAGUGAAGUUUAACUCGGUAGUUCAGACUGUGGUUGAGCAAAGACUACCACCGAAGAAGGAGAAGAAAAGCUGGUUCUGGGGGAAACGCGCAAGUGAACAGAAAUCGCCGGAGUCAACAAUACCGAGUCCCCCACAAAUCGAUGCUGCGAAGGACAACAUACAGGAAGAACAAGAGAAACAGGGGGCUGACAUGACAGUUACAGCUCAGGAGGUUGCAUUCCGCCAGGAGAAUGAUCUCGGAAUAUGGGAGAGUGUCCGUGGAUGGGGUAUCGUCGUUACAGUGAAAGUCAGAACUUGAUGAUCCCAUCUUGAUAUACUAAUUGGUGUACAAAAAGAAAUACCACCUUAGUAGAAAUACAUACCUAUAUGCAAUCAUUUUACCCCAUCUACGACAUACUUGUAGCAAGCUAUAGAUGCGGUUAUCCUUACCCGAGUUGAUUUCUUGAACCAUCAUUAUUAAUAUACAAUCUUCAUGCCGA